AUCAACCUCACCACACUUCACCUCACCUUUCCCCGAAUCGCUAUGCACUAGAGGGGGGAACACUCUACUCAACUUAACCUCAAGCUCGAUCAAUAAGAGAGACGCAGCAGUGCGUUUCUGGCCGCAAUGGCCUCGCAGUCCGUCACCAAGCCGUUCCAGAAGAUCCUGGACCCGACCAAAAUCGGGACAUGGAACGUCGUCCGUCGCCCGCCAGUCGAGAACCAUAGCGUGAUCCAGGGAAAAGCGCGGGAACAGAACUCGAAUGCUUUCAAGACACAUCAGUGGAAGGAGGGAGUCCGGUUACGAAAGGCCAUCAAUGCCAUUACGCACGGGAAGAACAUCUUCGUCUAUCAUAACAUGCGCACCAACCAGGUUGUCUACUCAUUGACGCGGUAUUUGGAGAAAAACAAUGUCCUCCGGCAGCUAGUAUACCAUGGCAAAAAGACCGUCCCCGCUACGCUCCGAAAGGACAUGUGGGUGCCUUACUACUCCGUCCAUUUCAACGAACCCAAGGUUGGCCUCCGUGCCUACCAUCUUCUCCGCGAAUUUGCCAUGCAGCGCCAACUCGCCCCACCUCGUGAGAUGAUCACCAUCAGUGAAAGGUUCCUGGAUCAGAAGCGGCCCAAAGACCCCGAAGGAGCCAAGAAGUUCGACGAGAAGUAUGCAGACAAGGUUGGCUGGCUGAUGGAGAAAAAACACCGCGCUCGUGCUUUAAUGGACCAGAAGGCCACCAGUGUUGCCGAUGUGUCUGCCGUUCUUGCCAUCCAGGAGGAAGAGAUCGCGAAUGGCUUCGCUGAUGGCAAAAGGGGAUACCUCACUCGCACUGCUAGACGGCGCCGCAGGGAGGCUCGUGCGAAGGAAACAGCUAAGGCCGCGGAGCAGGCUGAGCGUGUGGCUGAGCUGGAAAAGACCUUGAGCACACCCGAAGUCGAAUACAAGGUCCAGGAGCCUGAAAGCACAAACGGCCUGGAAAGCAACGGCGUCAAGAUCCUCUGGACUGAUAUUCACGAUGCUCGUUUCGCCGAAUCUUGGCCUGAGCGUGUCCGCCACGGUGAACUCGACCUGACCCGCGGCCAUGUUAUGCCAGGACAGAAGCCUAACUACGGUGUGGAGGUUCUUGCUGAUGAGACGUUUAAGGAGAAGCAGCCGGAGCAGAAGGCCUAAGGGCUAUAGAGGGCGUGUAUUGAAUACUGAUGGAAACUUGUGUGGAUAUUACAUUGGAAAGAUGUAUUCGUUCUUCGCAUAUACAGAUUUGUAUUUUUAGAUGAUGCAAUGGCGUUUAGCAAAUUGUCAAUUUAUUACUACUUCUCCGCCUA